AUGUUGUCGAGGAAACUACUGUUAGCAGCAGCAAGAGUUUCGAAGGCUUCAUCGAACGGUUUCGGAACAAGUAGUCGCUUCUGUGCAGCUGGUGCAGAAAUGCUGAAAAUUUUGGAGGAUCGUAUACGGGGGCAGGAAUCGACGAUUAACCUAGAAGAAACUGGAAAAGUACUUUCUAUCGGUGAUGGAAUUGCUCGCGUUUAUGGUCUUAAAAAUAUUCAAGCCGAAGAGAUGGUGGAAUUCGAUUGCGGUAUGAAGGGUAUGGCACUGAAUCUAGAACCGGACAAUGUCGGUGUGGUGGUAUUUGGUAACGACAAAGUUAUUAAAGAAGGUGAUAUUGUGAAGCGAACGGGAGCAAUCGUUGACGUCCCAGUUGGAGAAGCAUUGCUGGGGCGUGUUGUGGAUGCGUUGGGUAAUCCGAUUGAUGGUAAAGGACCAGUAAAAUGUACGGAACGGUCUCGGGUUGGUGUCAAAGCUCCAGGAAUCAUUCCUCGUAUUGGCGUACGUGAACCUAUGCUUACUGGAGUGAAGGCUGUGGAUUCUUUGGUACCGAUUGGGCGUGGACAGCGUGAACUUAUUAUUGGUGAUAGACAAACCGGGAAAACUGCAAUUGCGAUCGAUACAAUAAUAAAUCAGAAACGAUUCAAUGAAGGUAGUGAUGAGAAGAAAAAACUCUACUGUAUAUAUGUUGCUAUUGGACAGAAGCGAUCCACUGUUGCACAAAUCGUAAAACGACUUACCGAUACUGGUGCUAUGAAAUAUACAAUUAUUGUUUCGGCCACUGCAUCUGAUGCUGCACCGUUGCAGUAUUUAGCACCAUAUUCUGGUUGCGCAGUGGGUGAAUACUUUCGGGAUCAUGGAAAACAUGCAUUGAUUAUUUAUGAUGAUCUCUCAAAACAAGCUGUGGCUUAUCGACAGAUGUCAUUGUUACUCAGACGUCCUCCCGGACGUGAGGCAUAUCCUGGCGAUGUCUUUUAUCUUCAUUCUCGUUUGUUAGAACGAGCUGCAAAAAUGAACGAUUCUCAUGGAGGUGGCUCGCUGACAGCACUGCCAGUUAUUGAAACUCAAGCUGGCGAUGUUUCUGCGUACAUUCCCACUAAUGUAAUUUCAAUCACAGAUGGACAAAUAUUUCUGGAAACGGAGUUGUUUUAUAAAGGUAUACGACCAGCAAUCAAUGUUGGCUUGUCAGUUUCGCGAGUCGGUUCAGCUGCACAGACAAAGGCGAUGAAACAGGUUGCUGGCUCAAUGAAACUGGAGUUAGCCCAAUACCGUGAAGUAGCUGCAUUUGCGCAAUUUGGUUCCGAUUUGGAUGCCGCUACUCAACAGCUGUUGAACCGCGGUGUACGUUUAACAGAGCUCCUUAAGCAGGGCCAGUAUGUACCAAUGGCUAUUGAAGAACAGGUAGCCGUAAUUUAUGCUGGUGUUAAGGGACAUCUCGAUAAAUUGGAUCCAUCCCGUAUAACCGUUUUUGAAAAAGAAUUUCUAACUCACAUUCGCCAAACGCAGCAAGAAUUGUUAAAAACGAUUCGCGAAGAAGGCCAGAUAACUCCACAAACUGAUGCAAAAUUAAAGGACCUAGUAACCUCAUUUAUAACCAAUUUCAAACAUUAG